CCCUAAUUCCCAAAUUCUCACAACCUCCGUCGAACCUAACCGACGUUUCGUCAAACAGUGUAGUAACUUUCCGGCGAACUUCUAUCAUGGAGGAUCCCCUAACUCCAAACCCCAAGCAAAAGCCGAUUUCGACUCGGAUCCAAGCUCCGACGAGUCCCUUCUUCCUGGGAUCCAACGACGACAGGUUGGAGCGAGAGCAAGCCCGAGCCGCCAGAGUCGCAGCUAGCCGUCGUAAAUCAGUGGUCUUCGCUCGUGGACCCCAGCAGCCUGAGAAGGAGUCCGAUCCGUGCUUCGACAAGCAGCAGAUUCUCGAGUUGUUCCAGAACUGUAUCAAAUUGGCUAGCGAAAACAAAAUCAAUCAGAAGAACACGUGGGAGUUGAAUUUGAUUGACCAUCUCUGUGAGAUCAUUAAAGUUGAGGAUGAGAACAAUGCGGAAACUAAUUUUCAAAAGGCAAGUUGCACUCUUGAAGCUGGAGUUAAGAUUUACUCGAUGAGGGUUGACUCGGUUCAUUCAGAGGCUUACAAGGUUUUGGGUGGGAUUACUCGAGCUGGCCAUGAUGACACCGGAGACAACGAGGAUGCUGCUGGUUCUGUAGGAAAUGCAACAAACCAAAAGAAACAGACAGAGAGAAAGAUAUCGCCAUUAUCAACACUGGAACAUUCCUUUGAUGCCCUUAACGUGAAGAAGUUCGACGUGGCGUUUGCAGUGGAUCCCCUUUAUCAUCAAACUUCAGCACAGUUUGAUGAAGGUGGAGCAAAGGGUCUUCUGCUAAACAGUUUAGGAGUCUAUGGAGGGUGUCAAGUUCUAUUUGAUUCACAAGAAAUCCCUGGAAAGCUUGUUUCCUCUGCAAAUCAGCAUGAUAAAUCAGAAACAAUCGAUCUAUCCUUUGCUAAAGAAUUUGUGGAGAAAAUGGUGCUAAACAUGCGACAGAAGAAUGAGAUUGUACCAUCUCUUCGGGCUAUAAUCAAUCAAUUUGAUGAAGAGAACCAAAGACCAUCUGAUACGUUUUCUUGUGGUCAGAAGAGGACCGAGUCAUUUGAUAUAUCACAUGGUAAUGAAGCUAGCUAUGCCGACGAUGAUGAUGGAUAUGAUAACUUUGGAGCUUCUUUUGAUUAUGAUGGUCAAGCUGGUGCUGCUGAGGAAAACUUCGGCCACAAUGAUGCAGAGCCAGCUUAUUCAAAUUUUCCCGAGGAAGUGGAACCAGACUCACUGCAAGACCUAGAUUCAGAUGACAGAGUCGAGAAUGUUGAUAAAUAUCUCUUUUUGUCGUUGGGAAUUUCAUCUAAGCAAAAUUCUUGGGCAGGUCCUGAUCACUGGAAGUAUAGGAAAACAAAAGCAGGUCCAGAUGAUCACCUUGCUUCUGAAAACGGAUCUUCCCCACCAGCAAAGAAAACCAGGAAAAAGAAACAAGCAGAGCCUGAACUAGAUUUUACAAAAGCUUUGGAGGAAGAGAUGCCUGAUAUCUUUGCCCCUCCAAAAAACCCAAAGUCUUUACUUCUCCCUGCAAGUAGAGCCCCUUGUCAAACACAGCUUCCAGAGGAUUGCCAUUAUCAACCUGAGAAUCUAGUAAAGCUAUUUUUACUACCAAAUGUGAUGUGCAUUGGGAGGAAGAGAAGAAAAUGCUCAGGUGAAGCAAGACAGCAAAAUGAUGAUUAUGAACAUGCGGGAUCUUGGGAAAAUGAUAAUGUCUAUGAUGAUGGCCCGUUUGAUAAUGGAAAUGAUCAUAGUGAUGCAGAGGAUACCACCAACUCAUUAAUCUCUCAGCCACGCCAGGUCAACAAAAUCGAGGUUCAAUAUGAUAAAGCUUCAAAACAAGUUGAUGUGCAAGUGCUAAAGGAAACCCUUUGGGAGUGUCUUCAGGAAUCUCCUCAACCACCAAUUCAGGAUGAGGAACACCAACAAGAACCACUUGAAAAUAGAUCGUUCAAAGAGCUAUUGGCUAGCUUUCCAGAUGAUUGCAAAGCGGCUGGUACAACCAAAGACAUCUCUCCACAUCUAUGUUUCAUCUGUUUGCUGCACUUGGCGAAUGAGCACAAUCUCAGACUAAUUGGCUCUCAAGACUUGGACGAUCUAACGAUCCAGCAUGCCUGAAAGAAAAGUGAAGCGAAACCAAGAAGAGAAGCCAAGUGUUUUAUGUUGCCUAUUAAGUUUUAUGUCGUAGCUAAGGUGGUGUUAUUCAAUAGUAGAUUUAUUAAGCAAAUUCUAUUGAUUUUAUAAUCCAUUGUUAUUAGAUGAUUGAUUGUAAUUUAUAUAUUAAAACCUAGUGUUAUUGGUUAUUACAUUCAGAAUAUAUAAUGCCUCAAUUAAAAGAUGUUGAGAUCUUGUAUUAUUGGUUCUUAGAUUUACAAUUUCUUUUCAUUAAAAGAAUUUAAAUUUCUGGUGUAAUUCGUGUUUAAUAGAUUAUUACAAUAAUUUGGAUUGAAAAUUGUUAGAAUGGAUUUAAAUAUAGUUUCAUAAGUCAAUUAUAGUUCAAAAAUCAAAACCUACCUCCUAAGAUUUUAAAAUCAUUUCUUAUUAAUGAUAAAAUUAACAGAACUAGUAUUAAAAUUUUAUAUCUACUACCAACCACAAGGAAUCAAGCAUGAGGAAGAAGUCACAGAGAACCAAUAGAAGAAUGAGUGCGUUACCAAUUAAGACACAUUUUUCUCUUUUUUGACAGUAUAAGACACUUCUCGCUGGAGGAGCACAUUCCCGGUUCCCAAAGUAAUUUUCGGACCAGAAUGCCCUCUAUUUGACCUAACUAGACCGUUUUCUUUUUUUGUUUGAUUCAGUUGAGUUAGUGGGACCAGAGCCUUUUGUUAUGGCUUCGUUUCUUUGUAUGAGUUAUGAAAGCAUGUGAGAAGUAAUUAUGGCCACAAGUUUAAAAUUUUAAAAGAAGAUCCAAUGGCUGAAAAAGCACGAUUGCCAUAAAAAAAUGAAAGCACGUACAAAAAUAAAAGAGAGAGAGAGAGAGUAUUCUUUUGACUCUUUUUAUAUCUAACAAGAAUAUUUUAUACUAAAAGUAACUUUUUAAAUUUUCCAACAUAUUAUAUAUGCCAUUAUUUUAUAUCUUACUAUAUAAAUAAAUAUAUAAACACAUAAAAUAAAUUAUUAAUUUUUUUCUUUAUAUUUUGAUAUCCAUAUGUAUAUAUGUAUUUUAAUAUUUAUAAAAAUCAAAUUUAAAUUUUAUACUGUGUAUUUUGCUAUUUGUGGAUACAAUUUUGUGGAUACAUUUUUGAUGGACACAUUUGAAAUAGUCGUGGACAUGUGCUUUGUGGAUAGUGUUUUGGUAUUUUGUAGAUACAUUUUUGAUGGACAAAUUCAAAAUAUCUACUGAUAUGGCAGAAACAUUUAAUGUACAAAAUUUUAUGGACAAAAAUUUCAAUCUUACAAAUUUUAUGUAAAAACUUUUGUGGAAAAGAUUUUUGUGGACAAAGUUUGUAGACAAAUCAUACAAAGGUUCAAAGCACCGGUCCAUGAUUAGACAAAUCAUACAAAGGUCAAUUUACCGUUGUUUAUUUAUACUUUUAUUAUUCAUUCCGGUUUCGAUUUUUAUUUGUUUCUUUUCAGAUUUUAAGAUACACAAAAGAAAUAUAAUUAUUACAAUAAAUUAUAAUUUUUUUCCUCUAUAUUUUAAGAUCCAUGUUCGUAUAUAUAUUUUAUAUAUUUUUAGCAAUUAUAUAAAAAUGCAUGGACAUAAAAAGUGUGGAUGAGAAAAUUUUGAUCAUGUACAAAAGAAUACGUAAAGAAAAAAGAUGUGGACAUGGAUAGAUAAGAAAGGUGAAAAAACUUUGAAAACUCGAACACAAAAAUCGUUUGUGUUUGUGGUUUCGGAAGCUUAGCAAAAAAAUUCUUGUGGACGAAUCUUUUUUUGUAAAACAUUGGAGGUUAUAAUUCUGUCAAACAAAGCUUUUAAUGAUUUUUCUUUCCCUAGUCAAUAUGAUUAAAUUUGUGGACAUGAAGACAAUUAACCAACAAAUAUAACAUGUUCAAUAAACAGAGGAGGGCCGAUUAUAUUACAAGGCUUUAUAAUAGUCAACAAACAAGAGCUUACAUCAUCUGUAAAUUUUUUAAGUAAAAUCUCUAAUAGACACAUUACAAAACAUAAUCACAAACUCAUUGUGAAAGAACAAGAAAAAGAAUUUGGGUUUUUUUUGGAAGCAAACAGAAUCACAAACACAUAAUCCCUUUGUGUUUUGGGUUUUAAUGCAUGAAGAAAAAAAGAAGAAUCUGGAAAUUUUGUGUUAGAGUUACCGUAUGCCAAUUCAGAUUAGUUCUCACACCUUUUUUUGUAAGUCUUCGGAGAUGUUCAAAGUGAAAGCUUCAGCUACUGAUACCAUAAAAACUGAAAGCCGAAGAACCUAAAACCUCCAUAACGGAAGGUGUAGUGUGAGGAGGGGAUUUGGCCACUGGACAAUCAUUUACCAGAUUUGGUUUCAGUAACCACGGAGGAGCUCAGAUAGUUUGAUGGAGGUGACUUCGGUGACUUUGGAGAUGUCACUUUUGAUUCGACGAACGAGAUUUGGUUGACUCCAUAGCUGUAUCCAUGGCUGAGAAAUGGAACCAGAAAUAAGAAAGAUUCAAGAGAACAGAGCUGGGCAGCGACGCCUCCGUUACCAACAACGUCAAUAGAUCGGCGCAAGGAGAAGAAAAAGAGGAACAGAGAAAAUCACCAUAAUUAAGGUUCAUAAAAUUGGAAAAAUGAUUUUGAAAAUCAAUUGAAAAAUAGGAGAGGGUUGGCGGAUUAGCGUUAAAAGAUAUUUGGGAAUGUGGAUCUGAUUUCAAAAGAAAAAGGAUGAAGAAAGAAUAUUGGUUUGGUUUACGUAUGAUAAAAAAAAGGAAGCUUUAUCCAUUUAAAAAAAACAUAAAACUAUUAUAGUUGGUGAAGUGAGAAGAGUUGUAGUUAAGAGAGAGUGUAGUUACUUAAAGGGCAAGUAGGACAUUGCACAAGCAAGAAGUGUGUCUCCAGCCACAAGUGCCUGAUAGGUUAUAAUUCUGUCAAACAAAGCUUUUAAUGAUUUUUCUUUCCCUAGUCAAUAUGAUUAAAUUUGUGGACAUGAAGACAAUUAACCAACAAAUAUAACAUGUUCAAUAAACAGAGGAGGGCCGAUUAUAUUACAAGGCUUUAUAAUAGUCAACAAACAAGAGCUUACAUCAUCUGUAAAUUUUUUAAGUAAAAUCUCUAAUAGACACAUUACAAAACAUAAUCACAAACUCAUUGUGAAAGAACAAGAAAAAGAAUUUGGGUUUUUUUUGGAAGCAAACAGAAUCACAAACACAUAAUCCCUUUGUGUUUUGGGUUUUAAUGCAUGAAGAAAAAAAGAAGAAUCUGGAAAUUUUGUGUUAGAGUUACCGUAUGCCAAUUCAGAUUAGUUCUCACACCUUUUUUUGUAAGUCUUCGGAGAUGUUCAAAGUGAAAGCUUCAGCUACUGAUACCAUAAAAACUGAAAGCCGAAGAACCUAAAACCUCCAUAACGGAAGGUGUAGUGUGAGGAGGGGAUUUGGCCACUGGACAAUCAUUUACCAGAUUUGGUUUCAGUAACCACGGAGGAGCUCAGAUAGUUUGAUGGAGGUGACUUCGGUGACUUUGGAGAUGUCACUUUUGAUUCGACGAACGAGAUUUGGUUGACUCCAUAGCUGUAUCCAUGGCUGAGAAAUGGAACCAGAAAUAAGAAAAGAUUCAAGAGAACAGAGCUGGGCAGCGACGCCUCCGUUACCAACAACGUCAAUAGAUCGGCGCAAGGAGAAGAAAAAGAGGAACAGAGAAAAUCACCAUAAUUAAGGUUCAUAAAAUUGGAAAAAUGAUUUUGAAAAUCAAUUGAAAAAUAGGAGAGGGUUGGCGGAUUAGCGUUAAAAGAUAUUUGGGAAUGUGGAUCUGAUUUCAAAAGAAAAA